ACAAAAGGCACUAAAUGUAACCUAACAUUUUGACAUUUAAAAGGACUAGUGGUGUGCUUUGCCAGUUGGUGUAGAAAAUCUGGAAAAAUUGUUUUUAUUUUAUUAAUUUCCUUAAUUUAUUUAAAUAAUUAUAUAAUGGGUCUGUAGUAUAUUUUAGUGCCAAUUUCGAAAGUACGUUUCAUAGUAAUUGGCUCUUUGCUGUUAAAUAAGCUGAUAGUACAAAUCUGGGAUAACUUUGAGCUGAGUUUAUUAUUAGUUUGCUGAAGAAAAUUAAAAAAGAGGGUAAAAUUAAAAAGAGGCGAAUAUGGAUGGCCAUGAUCAUAUGUUUCGACAACGAGUAGCUCAGCGUUAUUCAAGAAGUUCUCUAGAGAAGAAAAGACUAUGGUAUUGUAUUCUUUUCCAUUACAUUUUAUUCAUGGUAAUGCUGGCUAAGUUGGCCCCUUCAAUUUUAGAUUAUUUUAGCAUUUUUAUAUUAGAAAUCGAAGAACUGGAAGUUCCUGAACCAUAUCUAUGGGAAUGGAUUUGGCUGUCCAGUUUUGCCUUGUCAUAUUUUUUAUUAGAGGCAAUCAAAAGAAAUAAAAUUAAUUCCCUGAAAUGUUACAUAUAUGGCAUUAUUUUAUUUGGCUAUUUGCCGUUGCUCUAUUGCAUUAUUUUGUGGUUUGGUGAAGUCUACACAUUCCUGUUUUCUGAAGAUUAUGCGGAAAUAUUAGAUAUUGUAUUUUGGAAGACUUAUCCUUAUGGGCUGUUAUUGUAUUCCUUUAUUUUGCUGGCUCUACAAGUUCAUUCCUUUUCAAUGUACUUCAGCUACAGCCUUCUGGUAUCUUGGAAAACGCGAAGUGUCAGAAAAAAUGAUUAAAGCAUAAUUAAAAAAAUAUUUAUUUUGUACAUACAUAUAUAGUGUAUGAUUGAGAAAAAAAUGGCCUUGAAAAGCCACAUUUUGAUGAGCUUAACUUUUAUGAUUGUUUAUUCUCAAUCAUAUAGUAUAUUUUUUUUGAUGUUGCCAAAGUUUUUAUUGUGCUCAAUAUUUCCUUUAAAUGGCAUCAAUUAUUUGCUCUUUUUAAACCAUAAAUUAUACAAAGGGGUUAUUUUACAAAAGUUUACUGUUAUUAUUAAUGAAUCGUUUAUUUUAUCUGAUGUUAUACUUCUGAAAUGAAAAAAUACAAAUAUUUUUAUAUACUCUCUUACUUGAGACAAAGAUUUAAAGUUAGACUGAUAAAAAAUGAUAUAUAACUUUAAUUCUAUCGUUUUCAAUUAAAUUUGUAAGGAAAUGAUGUUUCUUGAGGUUAAAUGGUAUGUAGGGUGAUAUAAAUAUGUGCUCACUAUAUAUUGCUAUUUGUUUUUCGGACUACUCUAAUAAAAACUGUUUUUGCAUAGCUGGAAUUUUAGUGA